AUGCCUCGGGGUCAGAAGAGUAAGUUCCAAACUCGAGAAAAAUGCCACGAGACUGAAGGUGAGACCCAAGAUUGCCAGAGUGUUCAGGCCCCUACAAUAGAGGAGAAAAGCUCUCUACCUCCAUCUUCUCCUUAUUUGGGGGAUACUACCUGUAAAAAAUCAGCUUGUAGGCUACAAAGCACUUCCAAGGUGCCUCAGAGAGCCUUUUCUACCACUGAGUCUAAGAGUGUUUAUCCUACAAGAUCAUAUAAAGGAGGUAACUACAGAAUUAAGAGAAAACAAGAUUCUUUCAAGGCCUCAUCCUCCACUAUGAAGCCCACUAGAAGCUCUCUCAAUGGCACAAUUCGAGUGGUAGUGAAGUACAUGAUGCAGAUGUAUAAAAUGAAAAAACCCAUUCUGAAAGCAGAUGUGUUGAAGGUGAUCACCAAAGAGCAUAGAAAACGCUUCUUUGAAAUCCUCAAAAAAGCUUCUUUCAACAUAGAGGUGGUGUUCGGUGUGGACUUAAAGGAAGUGGAUUCUACAAAGCACUCCUACAUCCUUGUCAGCAAAAUGAAUCUCCCUAACAAUGGCACUGUGACUAGAGGCAGGGGACUUCCCAAGACUGGCCUGUUAAUGAAUCUUCUAGGUGUGAUAUUCCUGAAAGGAAACUGUGCCACUGAGGAAAAGAUCUGGGAAUUCCUGAAUAAGAUGAAAAUAUAUGAUGGAAAGAAACAUUUCAUUUUUGGGGAACCCAGGAAGCUUAUCACUCAAGAUUUAGUGAAGCUUAAAUACCUGGAGUACCGUCAGGUGCCUGACAGUAUUCCUGCAAGCUAUGAGUUUCGGUGGGGCCCAAGAUCUCAUGCUGAGACAAGCAAGAUGAAGAUCCUGGAGUUUUGGGCUAAGAUCAACCGCACAGUUCCCAGUGCCUUCCAGUCCUGGUAUGAUGAGGCUUUGAAAGAUGAGGAAGAAAGAGCUGGAGCUGCAGUUAUACUCGGUGACACAUUAAUCCACGGCAAUUAA